AUGUGCAGCAAGGCGACCAGCCCACUGCCGUUGAUUCUAGCCGGCCUUUCAGCUCAUUUGGCCUGUUUACCCGAUGUGAUCCCAGCGACCACAAAUCCGACGAUUUACCAAACGGACAUCAAACGGGCGGACCAAAUAAUCCUACAAACGGUUGCUGGCUAUGCUGUUGUCUUUGGAGCCGUAAGAUCCCACCGGCUAGGCCUUCCCUGGAGGUCUCCAUCUCUCCACCAGACCUACUACGAGAAUCUAUUCACAAUGGCCGGUCUUGUAGACCCAGAGACAAACUACCCAGAUCUUAGAGGCAUAUCCUGCUUCCGCAGAUUUGGAAACCUCAACGCCGAGCACGGAAUGGCCUUAACAGCCUUCUCAUCUAUAGUAACCGCCUCAUCACUAACUGACCCGGUGUCUUGUCUGAUAUCUGCCCUGGCUGCCGCCCACGGACCCCUACACUUUGGUGCAACAGAGUCUGCCCAAAGAGCUCUCCGCGACAUUGGAGAGCCAAAGAAUGUCCCGGCAUUCAUUGAAGAAGUAAAAGCCGGGAAGCAAAAAUUAUUCGGCUACGGCCAUCGCACUUACAAGGGGAUGGACCCACGCGUACGUCCCAUCCAAAGUAUUCUCAAGGAUUUGAUCCACAUCAAUCAACCGCUAUUGAAAGUCGCCGAAGCGAUCGAGGAUGCUGCUGCGAAAGACGAUUAUUUUGUUUCGCGGGGCUUGUAUCCCAAUGCGGACUUCUACGGUAACUUUGUGUUUACUGGAAUGUAA